CUCUGGUGGCAGAGGGAAAGUCUGACUGCCGUGGGGUCAGCGAGCAUCGGGAGAGCCCCGGGAGCACGGGCUGACAGGAUGACGAGGAGCAGCCAGCCGGACGUGGCCCGGAGCAGGCUCUGCAGGAGCCCCUUUCUCAGCAUCAAGCCUUUCCCUCUGAAGUGAUGUGCUCAGGAAGCAGAGCCUGCACACAGCCAGCGACGCGGAGGAACGCAGGAGGUUUAGCAGAGCUGACUCUGGGGACGCCUUCCUUUGGCUGGGUGACAUUUUCCCAGUCCAGACACGUUGCAGCCGUCAGUGGUGACAUGAGCCUGGAAGGGGGGAGGUCCUGGCUGCCGUCCUGGUGUGCAUCCUGCCAGCCCAUCAUUUGGGAGGCAGUGACCACAGACCAGCCCUGCAGUUCCCAGGGACCCAGGGGUUUGACCUUCCCCCUUCUGUGCUGGGGAUGCUGCCUUGGCUGACAGAGCAGCCCAGUUUGGCAGUGACCUCACUUGAGGCCUGGAUCAGAACGAGAUGUAGCAGAAAUCCAGGCCAGGCUCAGCAAUUUCUCCGUGGUGGGAGCUGCUGCAAAGCACACGGAGCAGGAGAAGCACCCCAAGGGUUUGGGCCAGGCCAUCCAUCCUGUCCCACAGGGAGAUGGGUGGGCCGUGUCCUGAGGGUGUGUGACUGUUUGGGCUGGUUAUCUGAGCUCCUCUGGGGACUGGAGGGGUGCCACAAGGAAGAGCCACAAGGCAGCAGGAGGGAGGUGGCUCAGAUGGAGGAGGGAGGAUGGAGAUGAGGGCAGAUUAUUUUCUGGGAGAUGGUGGACUUUGACCAGGUUUGCUUCUGGAAGUGGAAGAGAGCCAUCACAUUUUCCAAAGGAGAUGUGUUUUACAUCUAGGGCUUUGUGAGAAGGAAAGGAAAGAAGCCUGAAUUCUUGUCCCUGACCUGCUGACUUGUUUGUUGGUGUGUUUGGAAGGGCUCGUUCCUGUCCCAGAAGAGCUCCCAGCACUGGGGAAGGCUGACUGCCUCAGGCUGAAUGGGAACAGGAAUGUUGUGCAACCUCCCUUCUGCUGCUGCAUCCGAGGGACAGGGCCAACACAAACAGGGAUCAUCCCAGCUGAAGUUCUUUGUGUUCUGCCACGGGCUGCUGCAGCUCUCCCAGCUCCUGGUCUCCGGCUACCUGAAGAGCUCCAUCUCCACCAUCGAGAGACGCUACGGCCUCUCCAGCCAGACCUCGGGGCUGCUGGCCUCCUUCAACGAGGUGGGGAACACGCUGCUGAUCGUCUUUGUCAGCUACCUGGGCAGCCGCGUGCACCGGCCGCGCCUCAUCGGCUGCGGGGCCCUGCUGGUGUCCCUGGCCGGCUUCCUCAUGGCCCUGCCCCACUUCCUCACGGGGCCCUACGAGUACGAUCAUUCCGUGGCCAACCCAGCUCCUCAGAGCUGUCCCCUUGUCACCUCAGGCACCCUCAGCAACACCACGGACCUGUGCCAGCCCGGAGCCCCAAGGGCUGGAGCCAACCUGAGCGAUGCCAGCUGCCCUCCCCAUGGCUCCAGGGAGAACCACGAGGUGCUGCUGGUGAUGUUCGUGGCCCAGGCCCUGCUGGGCAUCGGCGGCGUGCCCAUCCAGCCCUUCGGCAUCUCCUACAUCGACGACUUCGCCAGCGAGAGGAACUCCCCCCUCUACCUGGGAAUCCUGUUCUCCCUGACGGUCGUUGGGCCGGGGGUGGCCUUCAUGCUGGGCUCUGCCAUGCUGAGGUUCUACGUGGACAUCGACAAAGUCAGCUCAGCUGAGGUGCAGCUCACCAACAAGGACCCACGCUGGGUGGGGGCCUGGUGGCUCGGGUUCCUGGUGGCUGCCAGCCUGGUGGCCCUGUGUGCCCUGCCAUACUUCUUCUUCCCACGGGAAAUGCCAAAAGAGGUGGUGAGAGGGAAGGACAGAGGCAGCAAGAAGAGGGAGGACAUGCUGAGCCAGCUCAGGCUGAGGUCCCAGCACACGGAGAGCCUCUCCCUAAUGGAGUUCAUCAGACGUUUCCCCGUGGUGCUGCUGAGGAACCUGCGGCACCCCGUGUACCUGCUGGUGGUGCUGGCUCAGGUCAACAUCUCUGCCAUGGUGGCUGGCUUAGCGACCUUCAUGGGCAAGUUCCUGGAGAGGCAGUUCUCCCUCACAGCCUCCCUGGCCAACAUGGUCAUUGGUGCUGUGAACAUCCCUGGGGCCAUGGUGGGGAUCGUGGUGGGCGGUGCCAUCCUGAAGCGGUUCCAGAUGUCCCUGAGGCAGUGCAGUGCCCUGUGUGUGCUGGGCAUGCUGCUCUGCCUGCUCACUGCCUUUCCCCUGCUCUUCCUGGGCUGCCCCACGCAGAAGGUGGCCGGUGUCACCCACUGGGACAGCUCUGGCCUUGGCCACCACGCCAUGGCGUGCAACGCGCGGUGCCGCUGCCCCGAGCGCGGCUUCAACCCCGUCUGCGGCUCCGACGGCGUGGAGUACACCUCCCCCUGCUCUGCUGGCUGCAGCAGCGUGGCCCUGCGCCCCGACGGCUCCGUCCUGAACUACACCGGCUGCAGCUGCGUCGGGGCUCCGGGCGCCGCCAGGCCAGGCCCCUGCGGCACCGGCUGCUCCCACCUCUUCGUGCCCUUCGUGGUGCUCUCCUGCCUGGCUGGCAUCCUGGCCAGCACCUCCCACACGCCCUCCUUCAUGCUCAUCCUCAGGAGCAUCCAGCCUGAAGACAAAUCAUUUGCCGUUGGCAUACAGUUCAUGCUGCUGAGAGUUUUAGCGUGGAUGCCGGGCCCGGUGCUGUACGGCAGCGCCAUCGACACCAGCUGCGUGCUGUGGGAGAGGCGGUGCGAGCGCAGGGCAGCCUGCAGAUACUACGACAAUACCCUCUUCAGGCACAGGUACCUGGGGCUGCAGUUCUUCUUCGAGGUGGGCGCCUUCCUGUGCUUCGGGGCCGUGUAUCUGAUCCUCAGGAAGCAGGAGAGGGAAGCCAGCCAGGCAGCGCAGACAAAGGCAGAGCCAGAGAAGGAGAAGCUGGCGGGAAAGUCCACCAAGAGCCCGGAAUCCAAAGUGUGACAGCGAAAUGUGGAUUGUGAUCCGUGCCGGGGAGGUGAAUCAGCCGACAGCCGAGCUGUGCGGGGUGGAUGCUUGGAGUGAUGGACGCGGGGCUGCUUCCUGCUCUCCCGGCUGGGAUGGACUCUGCCUGCACUGCACGGAUCCAUCCACACGCUGUUCUCCUCCUCGGGGGUGCAGCUUGCUCCUUCACCUGGAUUAGUCCUCACUCUUUAGCCCGUGGACUCUGCAGCCUCCUGGGUUUGUGUCCUGCAAAGCAGUUUUUCCUGCUGACCGUCUCAGUGAUGCCAGCACUGAGCAAUAACCAUAAACCUGAAGGGUUUUUUAAAUAAAUCAUUUUUAAUAAAUGGUUUUGUACUGAA